AUGAAUACACCACCAACGAAUCUGGGAAGCCUCCCAGAUCACGUCUUCAUCGACAUCGUCGAGCACAUUGACACAGCCCGCGAUGUGUCCCACCUCAGCGCGUCGUGCCGCGACACCCAAGCAGCCAUGCACCGAGAAGGCUGGAGAGCCUGGGCACGGACGCGGUUUCCCUCUCACCGAAUGCCCAUGGGCGGCACGGCGGUGGACUGGCGGGCAGCCGCCGACCGGCUGACGUACCUGGAUCGGUGCUGGGAACGGCGCGGCCUGCGGUUCUGCUAUUUCCGCGAGGACCGACGUCAGCGAGACGCGGGGCAGAACCGAGCCAGGUGGCACAGGGGCGAGCAGUCCGUGGCGUUCAAGUCGGUGCUGGAUGUGUGCCUGACGUCGUCGGGCUCGCAGCAAGACGAGCUGCUGGCGUGCGGAACCGGAGAAGAUAUACGGGUGCGGUGGCGGACAGGCGGCGACAAGUCCCAAGACACAUGGAGGACGCUCGCGGGCAAGGAAGCGGGAUAUUCAGCAGGGAAGGGCGACGUAACGGCGGUUUCGACCAUCGAGAGGGGCGAUAAACCAGAGCUCGUCGUCGGGCGGGCAAACGGCGACAUCCAGCUGCUCUCUGCUGCUUUCGACGAUUCUUUCGGCCAGCCAGCCAGGACACUGCUCCACGUGGACGAGACAAACCAGAAACUGGGACGCUCGCUCGGCCAGCGCGCCGUUACUUGGACAGAAUGGCAACCCGAGUCGCGAAUCAUGGCGACCUGCCGGAGCACCCUCCUGACUUUAUACGAUCUAUCUUCGGCGGACGGCUCGGAGAAGGAGUUGAAGCCGAUGAUGUACUACGACGUGUCGCAGGAUGCUGCCGACAGCGGCGGGUACGUCCCCAUGAUGCACUGCGUCAAGUUCAUGAGCGGGGACACCAUCGCGUGCGGCAUGAGCUGGAGCAACGAGCCGCUGCGGUGGGGGAAAAUCCGGCCGACCGGUAUCGAGCUCUCUCCGCCACCGAAGCACCGUCACAUCAAGGGGGGUGUGCCUCGCCUCCCUUCGUCAACGACGAAACAUACCGUGUGGGCCAUCGAGCCUGUCGGGGCCCAAGGGAAUUUGCUGCUGAGUGCGUGGCGUGACGGCAGCUACAGACUCCUAGAUAUGCGCACACCCUCGGAUCACGAUGCCACGUACCGUGACCCCUUUCAGCCUUACAACCCAAGCAACGCGCUGCUGGUCUACGGCACUCAGCGCUUCGUCGCUGCGGGAGCAACGGAGCCGGCCGUGCGCAUCUUUGACUUUCGUUACCCGAAGCCUUACUAUCACUCGGACGCGCUGCCAUGCUCGGGCUACCAACCCACCCCCCGGCCGUGGAGAGCAGGCCGCGGCUACAAGGAGCCUGUGGUUGAUGGCGCAGGGCCAAAGCCGUCUCGUUACUGCGACGCCAGCAGAGGAAUGCGCUGCACCUGGCACGCAACGUCCAGGAACUCCCUUUGGCGACCGGACGCGACACUAUACUACUCGAAGGACAGAGGCGAGGAGGCGUGCUCGCUUGCCAAGUCAUCAGACAUUGCGGACAACUUCUACAUUGGUGUCCGCGGGGCCUUUAUCGAGGCCGAACUGACGCUCGCGGAGGACGCUUUCGCCCAGGGGGAGGGGGCGAAGGCGCGAGUGGCCCCCGACGGCUGGAGGGCGGACGAGGAUACCUCGGCGAGGGAGUCGCUCGCCAUCGCGGAGACGAGCGUGAGCCUCUGUGGCGGCGAGAGCUGGCAGUGUGACCGGCCAAUGCCGACGGUGCGCCUGAACCGGCACCUGGACACCCCGGUGGGGCCCCAGGCCGCCGGGAGUCGGCUAGACGGGCGGUGGCAGUUGAACACGGCGGCGGAGAGAUGCCAGUUUGAGGAUUAUUGGUAA